CCUCAUUCGGCUUCAAGAGCUUCUAUGGCCGCUCCCAAUUUCCUGGCAUAAGAGUUAAAACCCUGGGCACAGGCCACUGAGUAUCAUCAGUUUUGGUACCAUCGCAAAACCUGCUACUGAAAUGGGCAAGAAACCGUCAGCGUCGAACGCCGGUGCCGGAGACGAGGAGCUGCACGCGGCGGCGCGAUCCGGAGAUCUGGCGGCGGUGCAAGCAGCUUGCGGCGCGAAUCCUCUCGCCGUCAACUCGCGUGACAGGCACUCUCGAACACCACUGCAUCUAGCAGCGUGGUCUGGGCAUGCCGAGAUCGUGAGCUAUUUGUGUAAGAACAAGGCUGAUGUUGGUGCAGCUGCCAUGGAUGACAUGGGAGCCAUUCACUUUGCGGCCCAAAAGGGCCAUCUUGAAGUCGUGAAGAUUCUAGUAACUUCCGGAGUCUCCAUCAAGUCCUGCAACCGCAAAGGUAUGAUGGCCCUUCACUAUGCCGCCCAAGGGUCCCACAUUGAGCUCGUGAAAUACCUGCUGAAAAAGGGCGCCAACAGGGAUUCGAAGAACAAGGCUGGAAAAAGCGCGGUUGACCUCUCGGGCAGCGUGGAAGUUCGAAAAUUGAUGCUCGAGUACGAACAUUCGUCCGGGAGAGGUGAUGAAAAGGGCAAAAAAGGAAGGGAUGAAAGUGAUGAAGUUGAAGAGGGUGAGGUUCUGAAGAGGAAAAGCGAAGAGGAAAUAGAGGGAAAGCAAACGGGGGCUAAGAAGUCGAAGGUGGCUCUCGGGCAUCUGCUGGCUGAGGAUGAUGAUGAUGAUGCGCAGGAAUAGGAAGAAGUCGUAACAUUCGAUUAGCUUCCUGGAAGGAUUGAGGAAAGUUGUCCUGCUCUACUGGAAUGUUGAUCUAUUCAGAAGUUGUCGUUACCAUAUGGGCUGUUGAAUUAUCGUGAAGAAAGAGAACAAAGUUUUUUUUAGAAGUAAAAGUUUCUGUUAUAUGGCAGCUUAUAUAGAGAGAAAACAACUUGUACUAAUCUGAAAGGACCUUUUGAUCAUAUAGGUCUUAGUUACCUCUUAC